AUGACAACACCAGAUAUCGAGGUUAUGUCUAUGUUACGUUUUCAUCCACAAGGAUGUUUAGAAACAGAUAAAUCUGAUUUUAUAAUAAAGGCAAUUAAAAAAAUUAAAGAAAGAAGUUUAGUUGAUGUAGAUUUACCAAUAUGUUUUGUUAUAGGAGUUGCUAAACAUCCACGAACGCAUGAAAAGGUAUUAGUAGUUGCAAUGAAUGGAAAGAGACAAAAAACUCAUAUCCUUAAAUUUUAUCUUGUCUCAUCUAAAAUGGAGAUGUCUGUUUAUUGUUAUUUUAAACUAGAAGAACAGUUUCAUGGAGGAGUUGAUAUUAAUGAUUUUUCAUUAUAUACUGCAUGUUUUAGUGAUAGUUUAAAUGGGAUUGUUGUGUUAGAAAUGAAGUAUGUCCCUUUUACUAUUGUUCCAUUUCUACCAAUUAAAUUUGAAAAUAUUACUGCAGAUUAUUUGAUUGAUUUCUUUACUUAUGGUAUUCCUGCUGAAAUACGUUGUUCUAAAUUAAAAGGUCUUCCACCUCAACAAAUGGAACAUUAUUUUCAAGCACUAUUUUUCUUUCCUAUUUCAUAUGAUGUUAAAAGUAUUAAAGAACAACCAGAAAUUUGUGAAAUAAGAUUACCUUUAUUUGGUCGUUUACCUACUGAAAAAAAAGAAAGAAUUAGAACACCAAUGGAAAGAAAUAUUUGGGAAAAAGAAUUUAAGAAAUGUUUAAAUUUAAUUUUCUUAAACUCUUUUUCUGUUGAAGGUCAAAACUUAAAAGGACAAGAGGAGUUUGUCAGAAAAUAUGAUGAAUUAUUAAAUCAUUGUAUCUCUCAUUGUUACACUAAUUUUGAUAAUUAUUUAAAAGAAAAAUAUAAAAAUCAAAUUGGUAUUGAAGAAGAAAAACAUACUUAUAAUCUUAUAUUAGAAAAAAUUCAUUUUUAUGCUUGUAUCGAAGAUUGUCUUCAUCAAUUCGGUUUACAAGCAAGACAAAGAGAAACUGUUGACGCUUUAGUUAUUGAUGCAUAUCAUGUUUUACCUUUUAGAGUUUUUACACAAUGUGUUUUAAGUGGUUGUUUAAAAAUUUCUCCAAUGGCUUAUUGUAGUAUUGUUAAUUCUAUGCCACCAACAAGUCAAAAUAGUGAUUUAGAAAAAUUAUUUAACUGGACUUUAUGGAAAGAAAUUCCUAUAAAUGCUAAAAAACCUAUUAAAAAAGAAGCGUUAUAUAUUCGGAAUGAAUGUUAUGUAAAAUAUAUUAAGAACUCCCCUCCUUCUCUUCAAGAAUCAAAUUUCUUUGAAACUGAAACAGAUCCUGAAGUUCUUUUUAGAAGAUCACUUUUUGGUUAUUGUAUAAGAACAAACACCUCUUCUUUAUCUUCAGAUCUCCCAAUUUCAUCAGAUGUUAUCCAAUAUUUAAUGAAAUAA